UUGGAACACCACCGGCAAUCUCGCACUGAACCCUACUCAGAUCUACGAUCAGAAAUGGCGAAAAGCAAGGACGAUAUCAAGUACGGCACUGCACAGGCGAAGUUAUCGGAAGACGAAACGUUGAGAGUGGCGUACAAAUCCGGCACGCCGUUGGAAGGCGGCAAAAUUGCAGAUUCCGAGCCUGUGGAUCUCUUCUCCGCCGCUCACAAUAUCGCUAAUCAACAACAAAACAAAGGUAUGAUUGCAGAAUCGGAGCCUGUUGAUCUAUUCUCUGCUGCUCGAUGUGUCUCCAACGCCAACAAAACGGAUGAAUCCACGGCCAGUCGUCAGCCCUCCGCCAACUAAUUAGGAACUCUCCGUCGAUCUGGUGUACAGAGUUUGCCUUAUUUUGUUUCUGCUUUUGAGUUUCUAUUUGUUUGUGAUUUAGUAGUUUACUACUGUUGUAUACAUAACCAAAAUAAUACCUGUUUUUAAGGAGAAUUUGGGGUUGUUUAGCUGCAA